AUGUUCUCCAACGGCCAGGCUCGUUAUAUCACUCAGCUGGAGGAACAGUACAGAAAUCCUCUAUGCCCUACCUCGGCUCCUUCCUAUAACUAUAACACCAACGUGUACCCGCAGAUGGAAAUGCCCGAGACAGUGUCAAGGAGUAUGGGCACAGCUAUGUUACCUACGUCGGGCACAGAGAUGAAUGGAGCUGGUCAGGUGCAAAUGGAGCAGAUGAUGUCUUCAAAUAGCGGCACCUAUCAAGGAUUAAUUCGUGACUUUGGUCAUUUUCGCCAAGUCAACGAUCAAUACUUGAAAAUACACAAUCGCCCAAGGGGUGAUUGUUCUGACUUCCCAGCCGAUUCUCAUAGUCAGCAGCAACUAGUGAAGCUGCUAUUCGAAGCUGCGCAUGAUUGCAGCCAGACGUACGAACCUGACGGCUCACAGAGCGUCAGGCGUCUCCGGCAAGGGAAUUAUGCUGACCUGGAGUUUGAGUUGGCUCUCUGGCCUUUAUUGAUGUCGACACGCGACGCACAGGUAGGACAGUGUAGGCUUCCAAACUACCUCUAUUGCAAGGAGCCCCCGUAUAACUCGUACGGAUCCUUUAUGGAGAGGUUCCAAGCAGUUUGCGACGCCCUUAGAUUGUCUAAGGAUGUUGUUAUUUCCCUCUUCAAAGAUGCUACUUUCAAACACCGUCUUGCUUGGCGUCCAAGAACGGAGCUUAACCAAAAGGCCACGAACCGAAAGCUGAACGGAGAGCGUGACGUUCAGAACGCCAUUGGGAUUCGAGUCGCCCAAGAAAAUGGUAUCAAGGCAACCAAGAGCGGAGAACUUGUAGAUCGAAAUGGUCAAAUCUACGGAAACGUCAAGAAACGAUCUACAGCCUUCGAAAACAAAAUUUCGACUACCAAGAAGCGUGGCCGUGAUCCGAAGCGUAACAAGACUCCUGGUCACUUAGACGCACAAAGUGACAGAAGAAAAAAGGAUAGCCAGACGGAUAGCGACACAGGGGAAAACAUAGACACGGGAGAGAAUAUAUUCCAGUCGGAUCCAAGUUAUACUGGAUAUACGGAGGGUCUGUCGCAGGGACAUCAGGAGGCUCCAGCGGGGUAUGCUCCCAGUAACAUGAAUACCCUCCUGAUGCAACCCACACUCUCUCCCACGGAAGAUCUGUAUAGCCAAGAUCCUAACUCAGUUGUAGGACCUGACGUACCCUUGCCUUAUUCUCUCCCGGGUAACAGCAAUGCUUCGUCAGAUUAUACGCCAUACGGAUGGCACCCAAAUCUAACAUCGACCGCUGGUAACGGAGAUAUACCAGUGGACUUUAAUUUAGACAUGGGGUUACCGCAAGCUGAAGCCAUACAAUCCAAUGGAUUCAGCCAAAUUCAGAAUGCCACGAAUCCGUACAAUUUCAAUCCCACGGUACCAACUUCUUUUGGUGGCCAGCUACACAACGUGAUAGCCCAGGGGCAAUCUAACAUGCUCGAAUUCGUACCUCAGGCGAAUCCAUCGACCCAGAAUCAGUUCUAUACCCCGGGUCCAUCAGGUUACCAUAUGCAACAAUAA